AUGAUGUUGGUUCAUGGACAUCAAAAAGUGCUAAAACUCGGCAUCAAUGACGUGAUAAAUGAAAUAUCCAAAGUCCUAGUAAUAAUUCAACAUUACAAAAAUAAUUUAGAAAAUUAUAGUGACUUUGAUAAUAAUUUAGAAGUAGAUAAAUUUGGAAGUGGGUUCGAAUUAGAGAAUAGUUCAGGGCAUGAAGAUGAAUUGGUAUAUAAAUUGAAAAUGAAUAGCUUGAAAAGCAGAAAUAAAUUUGAUGAUGGUAAUGAAUUGAUGAAUAGUUUGGAAAGUGAAAAUGAAGUUGAGAACAAUGAUGAAUUGGGGAAUAGUUUGGAAAGCAAAAAUGAAUUUGAGAAUAAUGUUGAAUUGGAGAAUAGUUUAUGGAGUAGAAAUGAAUUUGAGGACAAUGAUGAAUGGGAGAAUAGUUUAGAUUUAGAGUGUGGAAAUGAAUUUGAAGACAAUGACAAAUCAGGGAAUAGUUUAAAGAGUGGAAAUGAAUUUGAGAACUAUGAUGAAUUAGGAAAUAGUUUAGAGUAUGAAGAUUCUAAUAAUGAGUCAGAGAGUGAUAGUAAUAAUUCAACUAUAACAGAUACAAGUAAUACAGAUAUUGAAGAAGAAGUAGUGUGUCCUAGUGUUCAACAUGAAGAUACAUUCAUAUUAUGUAGUUGUAUACUAUCUUGGUCUGGUGACACACCUGCACUUACAAAAUUAAUUAAUCAAAAUAGUGAAACUUAUGAUCCUGAAAAUUUACCAAUUAGAACUCAUAAUGAAUUCAAAAGACAAAUAAAAAAAAUUCAAAAAGCACAAACACAAUUAGAAAAAAAUCAAACAAUAAAAUGUUAUGGUAUUUGCAAACAAAGUAUAUUAUUUAAUCUCAAUACUACCAACUUCCCAAAUACAUUCCCUGUGGAUAUUAUGCACUUAUUUUAUGAGAACAUUGCUGGUUAUAUGCUGGCUCAUUGGAUGGGUUCUUUUUUUACUGAUCAAGAUCAAAAUAAUGGUGAAUAUGUUUUAAACAAAGAAACAUAG